UCAUCGGUUGUGUAAAUAUUAGUAACCAGUUGAAGUCACAGUCAUUUACCUUGUUAGUUCAGACAUAGUAGCUCCCUUUAUGUGAGGUUAAAUUUGUUAAUUAAAAUGUUAAUAUUUAUUAUUGUUAGAGAAAUAAGAAAUUAUAGUUGUUCACAACACAGAAAAUAACAUCAAUUUGAUCAUUUGGUACAGAAGACUGUGUACUGAAGAAUGAGUGAUGUUAAACAUGGAGAUAACGACUUACGUGAUAACAGUUUAUUAACAACCAGACAAUUUUGUGUUAAGUUAUAAUUUUGGUGUAUUUUAAUUUGUAUGCAUAAUGUUGCCGUAUAAUAGUGGAAAUUCUCAGAAAUAUGAUUAAUUUAAAAAUCCAUAUCAGGAGGUUACAGGUGUCAGGUAGAUGCAUAAAGUGCAGAGUGAUUUCCAAUAAUUUUUAUACAAAUUAUGAAAACCAUCCAUCUAUGGAAGGGUUCUUCAAAAUUGUGCUUGACUACUAGUUCUGACAAUUUACCUCAAGAUCCCAUUAAAAUUGGGUGUCUCGGAGAAAUUUUAAUCCUUCUGGAUACUAAUCAUAUUGUAUGGUUUGGAACUAUAUCUUCUCCAGAUUGUUCAGUGAACUUUACCAUUUCUGAGAUAAAAGCUGUAGACUUUGUAUGUUCAAAUAAUGUUCUUUAUUUCUUAAAUGAUCGAGGCAAAGUUUUUAAAUUGUAUCCUGAUAAUGUAGCAAAUGUAAUAGAAGUAAUUUUAUUUGAAGAAGCUAGAAGAUGUGCACAUGGACAUACAACAAACAGUCAGCACAUAACUGUAAAAAGCAUAUCAGGAGGAGCAAUGGGUGUACUUUUCCUCUCAGACACCGGUCAUUUAUGGGUUUCUGGUGAACAUCCUCAACUCGACGUUCACAAGGAAGAUGAGCCCACCAAAGUUGGGUUUUUUGAAGGUCGUACUAUUACAUGUAUUAGUAGUGGAAAAGAUUUUAAUGUUGUCAUAACACAUAAACGUGAAAGUGAUGUUCUUCCAACAGCUUUAGAGGAAGACAGUAAAAGUGAUGAAGGGAAUGUAUUUUCAUCUGUAUGUUCACAGUGCGUUAGUGAAAAUAUAGUUUCUCCUUUAUCACCACAGACUUGCUUUGAUACCUGUCCUUUGGGUCUUCCAGUAUCUAACGACUCUCCGAGUCCAUCGACGCCAACCAGUAGAAAUAACACAAUAGGCAGUGAAGACAGGAAUAAUGAAAACGACAAUACUUCAUCGUCUACUGAGGAAGAUUCUCAUUCAGUAAUUAAUGAUGAAAAGUCUGUAUCCGAUGCUAAAGAAGCAGAGGAAGAUGAGAGUAUUAGUGUCAUUGCAGAAAAAGGAGAUGGAAUGGGCCUUCUUCAUAUCAAUACUGAAUCUGCUCGUCAGUUUCUGACCCGACAACUUUCUUGGGUUUCAUCAGGUGGAGAAGAGUUCCUAGCAGAAGUCUCUGUUCCAACAAAAAUAAUUAAACAAAACGUGUCUACUGUUGCAAGUUUGGUCUACGAAGGGGUGAAAACUGUUGGCGAUAAAGUUGCUACCUUAUCAAGACACAUGAGUGGUGGCUCAGAUAACAACAGUGAUUCUUUCGAUGAUUUUGUGACUGAUGAUUUCAAUUUAUCACAUGCCAGCAAUACUUCCAGUGUAAAAUGUGAGUGGUCAUGCAGUGGAGGAUGUAGUGAGGUGUCAGACCGCGGCGUAGCGGAGCGGCUGGCUGGGAUACUAGCUCGAGGUGCUCGACUGAUCAAGACUGAAGUUUGGACAUGGGGAAGUGUACAACAUGGCCAGUUGGGCACGGGAGAUAUGGUCAAACGUCACAGACCAGUGUUGGUGAACCAGUUGUUGCACGGUGGAGUGGACCGGAUAGUGUGUGGGGACUCCCACUGUCUCGCCAUCACGUUGACAGGCAUGUGCUACGCCUGGGGAGCCAAUGACAGCGGACAAGUCAGUGCAGUACAGCGAGGCACAGAUCUGAGCUGCCCAGUGGCGUGGGGUCACGUGGUGCGAGCUGCGGCCGGCACCAGACAUUCGGUGCUCAUCGCUAGCGACCACACACUUCACUGGCUCGGGAAACACAGGAAUGAGGACAUGGCAGAGUACGAUAUGUUGGACAGCGAGAUUCCACUGCACGUCAUGUGUUGUGGUGACUUCACCUGUAUCGUGGCCGGCUCACUUGACAGUGAUGUAGCCUCCAGCACGGACCUCGCUAGCGAGCAGUGCUUCUUGGAGGAGAUGCUCACAGUGCAAACCUCGGUCCUCAAACCACUAGCGAGGAAGUCUAACCUAGAUGACAUCAUUGCUAACUUGUGUUCCAAAUACACAGAUCUGUUACAACUAACUGCCGUAAAUGUGACGUCCAUGUCUCAAGGCACGAGCAGUUUCAAACUGCUACAGGAUCACAUGGAUGAGUAUUUACAGGUGUAUGAUGUCUAUUUGGGCGCGGUCUGCGAUAUGAUCGCCAUGAGCGGGUUCUCACAACUAGCUCGUGUCGUAGACAUCCCUCCCAGGCUGGUGGCCAUCUUCUCCGACAGGCUACCGUCUCGCAAGACUUCCCCUGAGGCAAUACUCACUUGCGCUUUCACACAUCCCCUCAACAGGGUCUCUGUUUACAAGAUGAUGCUGUCCCGUGGACAGAGCCCUGUGCCUCCGGAAGCGCUCAAGUGGGAACAGUUCUGUGACAAACAAGACACGAUGCGCAAGCAGGCCGACAGCACCAGGAUGUUCUGGGAGAGUUGUGGCAGACUUGUGGAUAUCCUCAGGACGCCUCAGCGGAGAUUGAUGAGAGAGUCGAGGUCACAUCCGCUGACGGUCCAGAAUGUCUCCAGGUUCUCCAGUCAGUGGUUGAUACUGCUGUCCGAUGCUCUUGUGUACAUCUGUGGAGCGACACAGACAGUCUAUAACCUGGACACUCUGUGGGUGGAGACGAUGCCUGACAAUGAUACAAUCCAGAAUAUUUUAGUAGUAACAACUCCUGAGGACACGUUAACUAUGGUCGCUCCGAGUCAGAGUGAUAAGACUGACUGGCUUCGUGCGAUCCAGAACACUAUCAAAACCAAACUCAACAAGCUGCAGGCGCCGUCAGCUCGCACUGCCACUUACACCUUCUCCAAACACACCACGUACAAAGACGCCACCUACACAGGUCGGUGGCUGUCAGGCAAGAUGGAGGGGCAGGGACGCUUGGAGUGGGCGGACGGCCGAGUGUACACGGGACAGUUCCACGCUAACCUUCCCCACGGGGUCGGCCGCUUGGAGUCUCCUGGUGUGUCUGUCUAUGAUGGUCAGUGGAAGGAUGGGUUGCAGAACGGUCUUGGAUCCACUCGGUAUGAGAAUGGAGACUUGUACGAGGGUUACUACAAGGACGGCCUGGCCUCCGGUCAUGGAGUACGCAAGAGUGGCAGUUUCAAGUCCAACACGGCCACAGUGUACGUGGGAGAGUGGGUCAGUGGCCUCAGGCAAGGUUACGGGGUCAUGGAUGACAUCUUCACAGGGGAAAAAUAUCUUGGAAACUGGAACAAUAACUUGAAAAAUGGUACUGGGUUGAUAGUGACAUUGGAAGGCAUAUAUUACGAGGGGGCAUUUGUACAAGAUGUACUAACGGGCCACGGAGUGAUGGUGUUUGAAGACGGAACACAUUACGAAGGAGAGCUGAGGGCAGCUGGACUGUUCAGUGGGAAGGGAACCUUGACGUUCAGCACUGGGGACAGAUUUGAGGGCAGUCUGCACGGGACUUGGAAUGAGGGCAUCAAGAUUACUGGGACCCUUCACAAAAACAUGCCGACUACUUCACCCCAGCAACACAAGAGCAAGCCUAGUUCCUUCGGUAAGCUGUGUGUACCACCACACCAGAAGUGGAAGCCUAUAUUCCGACAGUGUUGGGCGGCGCUGGGAGCAGGUGCGGACGGCAAGAUGGCCGACACCCAGCGAGCAUGGGACAGUGUGGCGGUCGCACUCGCCGCCCACCCCACCUCCCUCCACCGCCUGCACGAGUCACUGCAGACCAUCCCUCAGUUCGGCAGGGACUCCCUCGACUCCCAGAGCUACCAGUCCGUUUGUAAUUAUUUGAAUCAGGCGUUUGAGAGCAACUACCACCCGCUGGGGAUAGCCCUGCGGGAGCUGACCGGAGCCUACAACGCGACGUAUGGAGGGCGCGUGCACCUGCUACUGUUGACACACGCAGUAGAGGAACUGCACUCCGUGGCGGAGCGUCUGUACCAGGUGGUGCGAGUGUUAUUCCCGGCUCUGCCCCCACCCGGCCGAGACAUACAGCUGCCGGACAAUGAGACCGUGGUGGUAAGCCUGGCCGGUAUCCUCCACCCCAUCCUGUUGCCCAAGUUCCACUCUGCACUAUUCGAGCUGUACGCUCUCUACAACAAGACCCAGGACGACUGCUACUGGAAGAGACUGGUCAAGUGGAACAAGCAGCCCAACUCCACUCUCAUGGCCUUUCUCGGAAUCGACAGAAAAUUUUGGUUUGGAGCUGACGAAAAUCAACAAAUAUGGGCAGAGCAUCGCUUUAGCACUGCGAUUGAGACCCUGCAGCAACUCAAGACCACGUUUUGUCCGAUGGAGAAACUCAUGGUGAUUCAGAGCACUUUUGAACAAAUGACAAAGGUGGUACGAGCGGAGUUGGGAUCUGACUACUUGUGGGCGAUGGAUGAACUCUUCCCUGUGUUUGUGUUUGUUGUUGUCCGCUCAUGUAUAUCCCAGCUGGGCUCCGAGAUCCACUUCGUAGAGGACUUCAUGGAACCUCGGCUAGCUCACGGGGAGCUGGGCAUCAUGUUCACCACUCUCAAGGCUGGAUACUGUCUGAUUCUUCAAGAGAAGAUAUCAAUAGGGAGCUAACUGUGAUAUCGUACUGUAAGAUUCCAAAAUGACUUUUGUUAAGUUUUAGUUUAUACUCGUUUUAAAUCUUGGAAUGUUAAGCAAUUCAUUUGUUAUCGGACUGUUUAUAUGUUAUUGACAAAUUUGUUGUUGCAUAUCGUUAAUAGUAUAGGUUAAACAAUCAAAUAUUUUAGAAUAGCAUUUUAAAGUUAAAAACAAAUCUUCAAAUAUUUUUGUAUAUUGAUAGUUGGAGAUCGCGUUUUUAAAUUGAAUCUUUUUUUGAACAAAUGUUUGUGUACUGUACGUUUUUGCUCACUGAAUCAUAUCUGAUGUGCACGGUGUGCUAGGAAAUACAUUAUUUUAAACUUUUAAAGAGCACAAACAUUAGGAAAUGUAAUAGGAUUUAGCAAUAUUUUCCAAGCAAACAAAGAAAAUGCAGUUCUUAAUUCAUUAAUACUUUCAAUAAGCACCAAAGUGACCUCAGUAACUGUUUAUUCCUUUGUUUAUGUACUCUAAUCAUUACGGCUCUGUCAACUUCAGUAUAGAUCAUCUUUCAAUGUAUCAUCAUUCCAACAUUCAAUGUACUAAAUAUUAAAUAAUCUUUUAUUGUCAUUAAAUUGUGUAGUCUACACUUGAGAAGUGUUAAGUAUUUGUAUACCAAAAAUAUAAUUUUAUUUGUUGAGUUUUAUUUAUUUGUUUUAGUAUUAUAAAUUAAAGAAUUUUGUUGAAUACUGUAAAAUUGCAUUUAUUUUUUCAGUUACUCUUGUAAAUAAACUCUAUUAAUAGUUUGUAAACUUUUGGGUCAUUUAAAACUGUUAAACAUGUGUUUGCUCUUGUACAACUUAAAACAAUUUUAAAACUUUCUCAAAAUGGGUUUUCAAUAAGAGUUUGGUCUUUUUUAAUUAACAUAUAGCUAUUAAUUAAUUAAUUAUUUGUUGUGUUACUAGGAGCAAAAUUCUAAAUAAGUGUCAGUAAACAAUCUUUGAACUAGGCUUUGUAUUACCAAUGGUAGUACAUCUUUUGUAAAUCACUACUAACAGUUUGUGCAUAAUCGGUCGUUAUUUAACUUUUUACUAUCAACCUAAUUAUCACAUUUUUUAAUAUCUUAUGCAAUUUACAGUGUUGUAAUUUAGUUAGUAUUAACUGAAUUGCGAUAGCAUAGAAAUAUAAAGGUUUUCGUGAAAGCAGAUGGUUUUAUUAAAUAAAAUUCACAGAAUAUCUUGUACUAAGUUGGACUUAUUGUAAAUGUACUGUAUCAUGAUACAAAGAAAACAUUUUGUUUCCAAUAUUAAAUAGUUUAACUGAUAAAACACAUUAUCUAUUGAAUGCAAAUGAUUCCUUAAGCAAUUCAAAAUGAUCAACUUUAAGUUGUAUUACCAUUUCAGUGAAUUGGAGUGUAAGUUACUGACAGUUUUGAUAUACAGUAACUUCGAAUAAAUAAAUGAAUCGUUUAUAAUGUAAAGCAGUGGAAAUGGUUACAAAAAAAACAUGUAUCCAAAAGUUAAUCCUCUUCCAUGAAAAUAGACAAAAAUGAACAACACUGAACAUAUUCCUCCGUAGCGAACAAACCAAUUUGAACAGAAAUACAUAAUUUCUGUCUCUAUACUCUGCACUGUGUGCUACAUUGCAUGUAGCAGAUGUCUUCAAGUCAUUGGCAAUGUUUUUAAGCCAAAUACUGCAGUUUUGUUUAGAUUUGUACGUACAAUAAUAACACAUGGCGUUAAACUCAUCUAAUAAUUUAAAAGUAUUUUCAAACAAAUAACAUUGUGAAGAACUAUAUAGUGUUGGACAAAUAUAGCAAUAUACUUUUGAAAUUUGUUAAUAUAAAAUGUAUGUAUAAUGUGUAAUAAAAGCUAUGUUCCUUAACCAUAUUUCAAAAAUAUCAUGCUGCUGUAUUAAACAUGUUACUUGUUUGGGCCGGAUGAGAAUUACCCAAUGCAGUUAAACUUUUAUGAAGUAAUUGGCAUAAUUAAGCUAUUUCUGUAGAAUUUAGAAACACAUUACACAAUUAUAUUUAUUUAAUUUUAAAGUGGUCCACGAUUUGAGGUAACAUACCACUUAGCCUACUGAUCAUUUAGCCUGUGAUCACUUACAAUCUCACAGAUUGAAGAGUGAUAUGUAUGGUGGAUUCACAUUUUACACACCUAGCUUAUUGACAGGUUGCUAUGUAUUGAGAAGUCAGCUAUUUUUAUUUUACAAUACUUAAUAUUAAAGUAUUAAUAAAGUGGGCAAUAAACAUAAAAAUAAGCAAGUUGUACAUUGUGACAAACAGUAACAACAUUAGUAACAAUUCUUUAUGUCACUAUUGCUUAUUAUUCCUCUACCUUGAGGAGAUACGUUGUUUUCUUAGUUUAUACUUUACUUCAUUACAUUCUAUUAUACAAAACAUAUGGCUUCUGUGAUCUUGAUGUCUUAGUACCUACCGUAAUAGUGAAUGUUAUGAAUAUUUAUGCAUAAUAGAAUGUACAAGUUACAAGAGUUUAGUGUUGUGUGCCAUACUGUACUGAAUUGAUUAAUUUCUCUCAGCUUGAAUUAAUUUGAAUUAUAAAUGUGUUGUAGUGUAUUAAACAAGAUAAAACUUUAUUAUCUAACAGUAGUAUACUUUUACAUUCUCAAAUUUUUAUAACUUUUUUCAGUUUUGUCCUUUUGCGAACCUUUAGUUCUGUAGCAUUAUUAUGUUAGGUUGUAGGUUUGUACAUGACCUACAUUGCAUUAACACCCUAGUGGACAAACUGCCUGUGUGGCACUGAAAGGAAGAUAUCAAUAUUAUAACAAUGUUUGUAAGUUUUCACUAGUUAUAAUAUAUCUAUAUUUAUGUUAAACAUAUAGUUAAAUAGAAUGUUUCUCUUUAUGUUGUUUUAGAGUAACAUAAAAUGACAUAUCAAUCAAAAUAUUGUUUCCUCUCUUAUUGUCUGUUUUAUUUUUUAAAGUUUGGUUAUUUAAACUUGUCGCUUGCAGAGGGACGACGUCUAACCACAUGAUGGAUUACAGAAUUACAUACAGCAGUUAACUGCUAUCAGAAGUGACAGUAAAAUGGUUUAUUUGCAUUUGAUACUCCUUUUAUCAAUUGCAAUUUGCAAAAAUAAUUUAAAUUACAUUUAUUUUAUAAAUUUGUUAUGAUACAAAAUUAAUAUUUUAAACACCUAAAUUAAUUGUGUCAGUUUGAAAUACAGAAACUUGCAGGAAAACAAUUUUAAGUUUAGAGACUAAACAAAAUUGUUUCAUUAAAAUGUAUUAUAUAAAAAUGAAUCAUUCAUAUUUGUCUAAAUGAUGAAGCAUUAAAGUUUGAACAAAUUGUCUUUGAACCUACUUUUUCUGUUUUCACGUUUGUUAUUACUAUUAAGUAUUAAAUUUUAAUAAUGAGUCUUGCUUUCCUGUUAUCUUCUAUUCUUAUUAUUUUUAUAUUUUUUGAGAUAUUUCCGAUUGAACGUUAACAAAACCUAUCAUUAAGGGGUGUGGCAAAAUUUUCCCUCUCUCUGUUUGUACGAAGGUACUGCGAGAACCUUUCAAAGUUUUAAAGUAGUCAAUGUGGUUUUUUCAAAAUAAGCUUCCCAAUAUAGUUAAAAUUGUACAUAGCGAAGUUAAAUUAAAAAUAGUUCUGUAUUCCCAUAUUAUGUUUUUUAAAAAGGUUGUAAAAAAAGAAAUAUCUUUGUUUGUUAAUAUUUAAUCAAGGCAUAAUUUAUGUUUAAAAGGGACCUGGAUUAUACAAUAGUUUUGACAUUUUAGUUGUUAUGCUUAUGAGGCUGAUGUUUUGAUUUUUUCUGAGUUUUCCAUUUAAACCUUAUCUAACAUAAUUCAGUCCACAAGUCACAAAAUAUUAAAAUUAGAGCCAUGCCUAGAAUGAAGAUGGCUUUACAAGACAAGACUGAAUGUGUAGUCUCAGUGGUAUAAUUAGGACUUGGCUUUGGAGGGGGUGAAUUGAUACACCAGCACACCACACUAGGGGGUAUGGAGUAAAUCUAAAUUUGAAGAAAAUUAGAUAGGUCUAAUUCAAAGUAAAAUAUUUAACUGCUGUAAUUCAAACAAGAUUAAUUGUUUUUAUAUGAAUAUGUUUGUUAGGAUCAAUGGGGGUUCGUUUUCUCUUUUAGUUACACCACUGUGUAACCUUCUAAUGUUUGGUGUUUGGACAAAUGACAAUGUUCUCCAAUUCUGGUAUUUAUUAUAAAUUUGCUUUUAAUAAUGAAUGUAUCAAAGGAAGCGACUCUACUUUCAUUUUGUUUAUUUUUGCUGAAUUUUUUACCAUUAAUUUUUUUAUUGUCUGUUUACGUUUUUAUUGCUUCCCUUGAAAUCUUUUUAGAUCCAUUCCCUCCAUAGAAGACCAGUAGUCAAUUACUAUUUUUGUUCUGAAAUAAAGCCAACCCAUUGAGGUUCCACGAUUAAAUUCUCUAUUUAUUGUGCAAUCUGUUUUUUAUGUUCUUAUCAUUAGCUUAAAUGUCUAUAAUUAAUUGUCUUAUAUAUGUUUUUAUAUUCAUCCUAGUUUAAAAAGUUAUGUAUAAUUCAUAUGUUUACUUAUUAAACAGUUGAACAAACAAGCAUAUUCAGGUUUAAAAAAAAUAAUAGAACAGAGUAUAAUUAGGAGUACAAUUUUACAUUUUUGUUACCAUUCUAUAGCUUUAUUUAGUUUUCAAUGUGUUCUGUUAUAGAAGUAAGUUAGUCUGUUAAGCAACUCUUUAUUUCCUAGUUGGAGCGACUCACAUUCCAGGUUCACUUAUCUGUACUUGUAGUAGGUCAGUAUUGUGCUGUGUAUGAUGUACGGUUAAGGUCAAUUCCAUAUCAUUAAUGUAGAUGUUACAUUUUUCUUGUAUUCGUCAAUGUUUUUAUCCUCCAUGAGACUGCUAUGGUCAACUUGUUUGUGAUAAAAAAUAUCAUCUUGGAUUAAAAAGGCAUAUUCGUUUAAA